CGCCCCUCCCCAAAAAUAUGUCAGCUUCCUACUACGGUAUUCCUGUUGGAAAAACCUGGACUGCUGAAUCAAAACAAUAAAAAUACCAGUAAAAUGACAUGUCCCCGCAAUGUGGCUGCGGGCUCCUUCCUCAUGGAUCCGUUGGUGGGAGGAUCCUCGGCGUACAGAGGUGAAGGAUAUUCCCCCGGCCCUGGAAUGUAUAUGCAAACGGGUCCAGAGUAUGACUGUUCGGUGAUGAGAAAUUAUGGAAUUUUGCCUUCACAUCUAUCCAAAAGGGACGAACCGUCGUCUCCCAGCACAGGUUUGCCUCGCGGCGCCAGCCAUCAACAAUCUUACCUGUCGCAGCUGGACACUUGGGCAGAGAACCCAAAAAGUGCUUGUAGGAUCGACCAGCCUGUUGCCCGACCCCUGUCCGCCUGCUCUUUUUCAGUGGACAAUGUCAAAGAGGAGACAAUUUGUUGCCUCUACCCGGCUGAUACAAACAGUGGUAAGGACACUACCGAGCCUCUUGCAGCCUACAACCGAAUAGCUAACCGCGACCAGACCGACCGAGCCCCUACAUCUGCGCCAAACUACUUCACUGUGCACCCGGAGUAUCCGGGUGACAGGGCGCGAGAAAGAAAUGGGUUUGGGCCAGGUUUUGCCUCCUUGACCAGUAUGACUCCUCCUGGUGAGACACCCCUUCAGGAAUCACUCACGGACAUCAGCAAACCUGAUCAAGACCCGGUUGCUGAAGAAAUCAAGAACGAGGAUCACAGCACAGCUAAGACACGGCCGGAGAAGAAGGAUAUUAUCUCCAAAGUGGACAUUAGUGCAGGCAGUUCGGACAGCGAACUGCUGAAAGAGCCCUCGAACGUGGAUAAAGCAACAGGAAGUUGGCUAACGGCAAAAAGUGGACGAAAGAAGAGAUGCCCAUACACAAAGCAUCAGACUCUCGAACUGGAAAAAGAGUUCUUGUUUAAUAUGUAUUUAACUCGCGAGCGCCGCCUGGAGAUCAGCAAGAGCAUCAACCUCUCGGAUAGACAGGUUAAGAUCUGGUUUCAAAACCGGAGGAUGAAGUUGAAGAAACUCAAUAGAGAGAGCCGCGUGCAAGAGCUCACUUCGGGCUAUGAGUACACCUGAAACACCUAAGCCUCUCUCCGUCUCUCACACACGUGCACACGCGCGCACGCACACAUGUAGCCUACUGAUUUACAUGUACAUAUAAGCGCAUGCACAGAGCACACUUACACGAACUCAUUCCAACGCACGUAUAAACAAAUGUAUGCACAAAUAGGCUACAUUCAUACAGCGCACACUUUCGUUCAGGCUCACACACUAAGAAUCAUUAUUACAACGUAACACGCACGUUCGCACAAUCUAGCCCAAGCAUACACCCACAAAAGCCCAAGAUGAAGCCAACAACCUUGAGCAAUAAGAGGCUAUGCAACUGCUCUUCCGUCGGCAUUUGCAAGAAAAUCCUCUUUUUGUCCGAAUCUAUCUUGAAACAAUGGCCACAAAUGGCGCAUACUUCCUAAAUAAAAUAUUAUGUGAUUCAUAUUGUUUGUUCUCCUCGUUGGCAAAGUGAUAUUUGUUUCAAGUGGUUACCACUGAGCUGAUGGUUAAGGAAAAAAGAAAACAUGUCCUGGCGUUAUUUUAUCUGUUCUAGAGUAUCAUUUGAUGCAUAUAUAUAUAGGCUAUAAAUAUUGUAUGUAACUGUUUAUUUUAUGUGUAAAACUUGCUGUACUGUGGGAAUAUAUGGCGUGCAUGUAGUGUACUUCUUAUAUUGCAGAUAUAUUGGACAUUUACACAAUGAGGCCCGUUAGAAAAAAAUAAAGCGGGUUUUUGAAA